ACAACAAAGACUAUGAUGCAUAUCUAUCCUAUACCAAAGUGGAUCCUGACCAGUGGAAUCAAGAAACUGGAGAAGAAGAAAGAUUUGCUCUUGAGAUCCUACCAGAUAUGCUUGAAAAGCAUUAUGGAUAUAAGUUGUUCAUACCAGAAAGAGAUUUGAUUCCCACGGGAACCUACAUUGAAGACGUGGCAAGAUGUGUAGACCAAAGCAAGCGACUGAUCAUCGUCAUGACUCCAAAUUAUGUGGUAAGAAGAGGCUGGAGCAUCUUUGAACUGGAAACAAGGCUUCGGAACAUGUUAGUUACGGGUGAAAUUAAAGUGAUACUCAUUGAAUGCAGUGAACUACGAGGAGUUAUGAACUACCAGGAGGUUGAGGCCCUGAAACAUACCAUCAAGCUCCUCACUGUCAUUAAAUGGCACGGACCAAAAUGCAACAAGUUGAAUUCCAAGUUCUGGAAACGUUUACAGUAUGAAAUGCCUUUUAAGAGGAUUGAACCCAUCACACACGAGCAGGUUUUAGAUGUCAGUGAGCAGGGGCCCUUUGGGGAACUGCAGACAGUCUCCGCAAUUUCCAUGGCUGCUGCCACCUCCACAGCUCUUGCCACUGCCCAUCCAGACCUGCGCUCCACCUUUCAUAACACAUAUCAUUCACAGAUGCGCCAGAAACACUAUUAUCGAAGCUAUGAAUACGAUGUACCUCCUACCGGCACCCUGCCACUUACCUCAAUAGGUAACCAGCAUACCUACUGCAACAUCCCUAUGACACUUAUAAACGGGCAGCGGCCACAGACAAAACCUAACAGGGAGCAGAAUCCAGAAGAGGCUCACACAAACAGUGCGAUACUGCCCCUCUUGCCACGGGAGACCAGUAUAUCAAGUGUCAUUUGGUGA